AUGGAUAUCAAUUGGUUUUACAGUGGCACAAGAUCUAUGGGGAGAGAAUUGGAACGGGGAGGCAGGACUGGAAAUUACCCUCGUUGUCAAUUUCCAGCACCAAAUCGGUGCGAGACUAUCACCGAGCGACCGGGUCCGCCGUGCAUCGUGCAGAGUCAGAACCAGCAGAUCUUCAAUUCCGUGGCACCACUACGCCAAACCAGCCAACAGGAAUUCCGACGGUUAACUAAACUCCUCUCCGAGGAAUACUCUGUUCUUAGUUCUUACAGAAUCGUACCGACGUCGAGCACUUCCGAGCCCUUCUAUGAACCAAGGAUGAUGAAGAGGGGUGGUGUUAUGAUUUUAACUAUGGUUCAUACACAGGACUCUGCAACAUAUUUCCGAGUGAUCUCUUUCACACACGACUGGGGGUCGUUUCGGAAGAAGAAUCCACCCCGUCGUCAGACCAUGCCAUAUGCCAGCUACGCCACAACUCUCCCAUCCUCGGCAGUAGACCAUGGUUGCAACGUAUGCUCGCCUAAGAUGCACUCGCCAACAGAGACGAACUUGAUGUCCGUCAUGCUCUUGGGCAAAAUGGAUGCCGACCGACCGACGGUCCUCGUGCCUGCUGGACGGGCUGGGACUGGCGCAAGUCGGUCUUCGAUUGCCGGCAUGAAGCUACCGCACUUUUUGCGGGGACUUUCCACCAUCACUACCUGCACUACUGCGUGUUCCACUGCGGACUAA